AUGGGCGUGGUGUUUCCAGGUGGCACCGGGACUGUGAUCAGGAUGAAUGGAUGGCACGGUGUGGGCGCGAUUAAGGUGUACACAUCAGGACACGUGGAGGCGGUGAACGGUACGGACGUUCGACUCAAGUGCACGUUCUCGAGCUCGUACCCGGUCAGGCGCUCGUCCCUCACCAUCUCCUGGAGCUUCCGACCACUCCGAGCCGGCGAUGAGGAGACUGUGUUCUACUACCACGUGAAGCCGUUUCUUCCCACCGAGGGUCAUUUUCAGAACAAGGUGGAGUUCGUGGGUGAGAUUUCAUCGAGCGACGCUUCCAUCACGGUCCGGGACGUGAAGUUCAGCUACAACGGGACGUUCAACUGUCAGGUGAAGAACCCGCCCGACGUCCACGGAAACGUGGGGAAAGUUCAGCUGCGAGUCGUCACCUCAGCUCCGCUAUCUGAGAUUGUAAUUCUUGCCGUGGCCAUCGGGGGCGCUGUGCUCCUAGCGAUCGUCAUCUUCACCAUUUCCACGUUCGUACGGCGGCGGCGGACGAGUGAGAGACUGGAGCGGGAACGGCUGCAACAUCAGCGUAAAGACCUUGUGGUGUGGUGAUCGAGGGGACGAUGAUUCAAACAGAGCGAUGAUUUCUUUAGUUUGUCUCUAGCGCCCUCUCUGGCUGGAGUGUGUGAUGUGUGUGAGCGCUGCUUAUCUGUCUAAAGCUAUCGAGCAUUGUCUUGUUUAACUCUGUUUUCUAUGCUAGCUAAUCGACCUAAACGUGUGAAUGAAGAUGCGCUUGGAACGUCCGCAGGUGCCUUUACAUACAUACUCAGGGGGGUCUGAGAGUAUCGACCAGCUAACGUACUGAAAACGCUUAAACUGUCACUGACGCCCCAAUUUAUAAAUAAAUGGCACUCGUAUAAUAAGGAGAACUCCGUUGGUUGCUCCGCAUUGAUUCGUCUGCCAUGUUUGUAGUUCUUUGUGAGAAAAGUUGUGCCGCACUGAAUGCUGGGAUUGAUCUUCAGCGCUGAGGAGGCGUCGGACGCUCCCUCGUUAUUUGGUCAGAUCAUCACUCAGAAUUAAGGCGCCUCAGUAGGAGCAUUUUAAGGGAAAUAAGAAUUUAGACACGCCCUCUUCUCUUUUUUAAAUAAAAUAAUGUAAUUUU